AUGACGUGCAAUCCUAAUUGGGAUGAGAUCAAGAAUGAGCUUUAUCCUAGUCAGAGUCCACAGGACCGUCCAGAUCUUAUAUCUCGAGUGUUCAGGGUGAAGUUGGAGGAGCUUAAGAAGAUGUUGAUCGAAAAAGACAUACUUGGAAAGGUCCGUGCAUUCGUAUAUGUCGUGGAGUUCCAGAAGAGGGGCUUGCCGCAUACACACUUUUUGCUAAUAAUGCAGAGGAAGUACAAGAUCAUGUGUGCAGAACAGUAUGACCUGCUUAUCUCUGCUGAGCUACCAAAUAAGAAGAAGUACCCUGACCUCUAUAGAAUGGUGACGAAGCAUAUGAUGCAUGGCCCAUGCGGGAUGCUAAAUUCAUUAUGUCCAUGCACAAGGGGACGUACUUCAUGCAAGAACCGUUACCCGCAGCCAUUCUGCGAUUCAACGUCGCAAGGUAAGGAUUCGUACCCCAUCUAUCGGCGACGCGAUGAUGGUUGUAAGGAAAUAAUUAGAGGUCACAUCCUGGAAAGUCAGUGGGUCAUCCCAUACAACCCAUGUCUGCUGCGUACUUUCAAUUGCCACAUCAAUGUUGAGGCAUGUAGUAGCAUUAAAUCCAUGAAAUACCUAUUCAAAUACACAUACAAGGGCCAUGACAGUGCGUCUGUGGCUGUUAGGGAGGCUGGAAAAAAAGAUGACAAGGGGAACGUUGAUGAGAUCACACAGUAUAGAGAGGCCCGGUGGGUGACACCUCCAGAAGCGAUGUGGAGGAUAUAUGGCUUUGACUUGAGCAAGAACCAUCCACCAGUGCAGCAGUUGCAGCUUCAUCUUCCCGACAUGCAUAUGGUUACAUAUCAUAAACGGGACAAGAUCGAACGGGUUGUCAAGUGUCCAGGUGCCGACGAGUCAAUGCUGACAGCGUACUUUGACUACAACAGGCUUCAUGAGGAAGCUCGAGGAAUCUUGUACCGUGACUUUCCGGAGCAUUAUACUUGGGAGUCUAAUGGUAAAUUUUGGAAACCAAGGAAAAACGCCGUAUACCAGGUCGGGAGACUCGUAUCGGCUCAUCCGGCUGAGGGGGAACGCUACUUUCUUCGGGUUCUCCUGAACCAUAUUACUAGGGCUGCUUCAUACAGGGACCUAAGGACCGUUGACGGUGUGCUCCUACCCUCGUUCCGUGAAGCUGCGGAGAGGCGAGGACUAAUCGAAGAAGAUAAUACACUUGAUGAGUGUCUUACUGAAAACAGUUUGUUCCAUAUGCCAUCCUCAUUGCGUAGGUUAUUCGUGACAAUAUUGGUAUUCUGUGAGCCGAAUGAUGUGUUUGGGUUGUGGACAAAACACCUUGACACAAUGUCAGAAGACUACAGGCGCAACAAUCCAAACCCGAGUCUGGUGGAACAGAUGGUUUUGAUUGACAUUAGGAAUAUGUUGCAAUCAAUGGGGAAGGACAUAAGGUCGUUCCCUCUCCCAGGAAUUGACGACGCAUAUGACGAUGCUAGCGGUAUCCCUCGUGAGAUAUUUGAGGAGGCAAGCAUUGAUCAGGAUCCGGAAGAUGUGGGACUAUCUGAUUCCCUAAACGAGGAGCAGAGGGCUGCCUACAAAGAGAUAAUGUCCAAAGUGGACACCGAACAAGGCGGUUUGUUCUUUGUAGAUGGACCUGGCGGCACAGGAAAGACAUUUUUGUACAGGGCACUUCUCGGAACCCUUCGCAAUCAAAACAAGCUUGCCAUUGCUACAGCUACAUCUGGUGUCGCAGCAUCUAUAAUGCCUGGUAGGAGGACGGCCCACUCACGUUUCAAGAUACCCCUUACUCUUGAGGAUGGUGGUUGUUGUAGUUUUACCAAACAGAGUGGUACUGCAAAGCUACUGCAGCAAGCAUCUCUCAUCAUUUGGGACAAGACGUCUAUGGCAAAGAGGCAAGCUAUGGAAGCCCUAGACAACAGCCUACAUUAUAUAAUGGGCCGGCAGGAUCUACCGUUUGGUGGGAAGACUGUUGUCUUUGGAGGGGAUUUCAGACAGGUUCUCCCUGUUGUACGGAAAGGAUCCAGGGCUCAGAUAGUCGAUGCUUCUCUACGGAGGUCGUAUCUUUGGGAAUCCAUGCACCACCUUAAGCUCGUGCGCAACAUGAGGGUGCAGAGUGACCCGUGGUUUGCGGAAUAUCUAUUGUGCAUUGGUGGUGGCACGGAGGAGGUUAACGGAGAUGGUGAUGUAUGUCUUCCUCACGAUAUAUGUGUCCCGUACUCUGGGGAUUCCGAGAAAGAUCUUGACAGGUUGAUUGAAUGCAUCUUUCCAAACCUCAAUGCAAACAUGACAAACAAGGACUACAUCACCUCCAGAGCGAUUCUAUCCACACGUAAUAAUUGGGUGGACAAUAUUAAUAUCAAGAUGAUCGGCAUGUUCUAG